AUGUAUUCUCUUAAUUCAUUCGUUCAACUUCGAUUAUUAUCAUUAAAUGAUAUGUACUCUUUUAAUGAUAAGUCAUUUACAUUUUGGAAUCAACUUUCAUCUUUAAAAUAUUUACGAACAUUGAAAAUUAAGUAUGGAGACUCAUCUGAGGAUGAUUAUGCCCGCGAAGAAAAGGAAUUUAUUAUUCAUUCGAUAUUUAAUCAAGAUUUUUGUCCUUUGCUUACUUAUUUUAUCACCCGAGAUGAUGCCAUGUACAGAGUGGGCGAAGAAAUUCCUUCAUUAUUAAAAACAACUAAAACGAGCAAUAUUAAAUAUUUAACGAUUGAUCAUUUGUGUUUAACUGAUUUGAUUAAAUUACUUCCUGCAUUGCAAAAUAUUAGAUCAUUUUGCAUAGAAGAAGAGUUAACUUGUGAUCGUAAAUUUUAUAAACAGCUUGAAAUGCCACUGAUGCAUGGAUGCAAUAAGUUGUUUCUGGUUUUAUCAGAUGAUAUAACUUUUGAACAUAUUGAAUAUAUACUAAAACAUACUCCAAAUAUUAAAGAUUUGACCUUCUCCAUUUCGGUUGAUUUACUCGAUGCAAAAAAAUGGGAAUUUUUACUAUCCGUAUACUGUCCAAAAUUACUGAAAUUCGUACUAAGCUGUAAUGGUCCAACUGACGAUUAUGAUUUCGAGGAAGCUAGCAAUGAUUUUGAGGAAGAAUGUAAAGCAACAACGUUUUGGACUGUGCGAGGGACCACAGUUACAUAUGGAAUUUAUCCAGGUCGCCAUUCGUUCGCUAAUAUUGAGGUUGAAUUUAAUAUUGAAAAAGUAAGUUACUCACUGCUUCUAACUGAUUUUCACAUUGUAGUAUUACAAAAGAGUGGAUAA